UCCAGGCGAGAUUAUUAUCUGACGCCUCAGUGCGAGAGUUGGGAGGAGUGAUGAAGCAUGUCAGGAGGCUCACGCAGACCGAGGUUAUGCGAGGAGAGGUACUUCAUGAUGCGGUACAGAGGAUAGGUGUCAUAGAGCAGAAGAAUAGAGGUUUGAGGGACGUGGUACGUGACCUCGUCGUUGGCACAAAGCAGGCGAGACAGUCCACCUCACGACUCGAGCAGAGGAAUACUGAUCUAGAGGAGGGUCAGAGGCGUCAGGCCAUGACAGAUCUGGUCGACGAGAUGAGGACUGAGGGGCAGCAGGUUUCUAUCAGACAGGCACACGUCUCUCAUGGGGUAGAGCCGGGUGGAGUGAGAUUGGACAUCCCUCGACGAGACUCACACACGGAGAAGCCACUUGGAGCUAUGGGGAUGACAUGCGAGGAGGCUGCAGUUGUCGAUAAUCUCAUGCUUGAGCCAGACAAGAUUGAGAGGAGAAGAAAGCCAGAGGCACAUGGUUUGGACUGGGUCCCUCCAUCAGAGUUGGCAGUCCAGGGAGAUGCAUGGCGAGAGAUGGACGGUAGGCACGGCGAGCGAGAGACGGUCUCAGAGUCACGAGAUGUCAUACCACAGCAGGACAUGAGAGGGUCAACUGCGAUACUGCCUACAACUCUACCGUUUACACCAGCUCCGAUGGACGACAUAGUGCACCUCCUUUCUUCAGGGUCUGAGAGAUGUGACAAGGAGGUGACGCCUGAGAGGGCCUCGAGGAUGUUGAGUAUUGAUACGGUAGAUAGAGUCGUACAGGAUGUGACAAUCCGACUCGAGAGAGCAAGAACUCAGGUCUUACCCAAGCCUAAGAAGGCGAAGGUAGAAGGCAGCAACACCGGUGGUAUGUGCUCAUGGUGUGACAGAGGAGUGCACGACAGAGUUGUUUGCCCUGCCUUCCAGGUUGACCUCAGGAGACAAGUUGUGCAGUUCGAUGGACAGGGACUAGUCAGGGACAUGCAUGGCACUCGUCUUCCGACAAGACGUCACGGUGUUAGGAGAGUUGUGUAUGACAGACUAGGCCUGAAGAUGAGAGAGGAUGAGUGAUAGAUUACAUAUCCACGAGACGC